CAACAAUUUGGAAAAAUGGCGCAAGUUGAAAAAGAAGAAUCCGCAUCAGCUGAGGCUAGUUUAUCCACUGGUCGCAGUCGCCGAGCAAAGACUGAUCGAACAGGGCGAAAAGCUGCACUUGAAAAGUUCAAGCAGGCUAAAGCAAAAGGCAGAGUCAAGUAUGAGCUGGAGGAUGAACAAGAUGUUUAUGAAGAAGUGGGUGAAGAUGAAUAUUCUGAGAUUGUCAGAAACAGACAAGAGGACGACUGGAUUGUUGAUGAUGAUGGUGGUGGUUAUGUCGAAGAUGGCAGAGAGAUAUUUGAUGAUGACAUUGAUGCCCCAACAGAGAAAGCUGCGAAGGCCAAUGAAAAGAAGCAGCGUAAUGUGAACAUACGUAAGCCAGGCACUAAACCGAAGAACAUCAAGUCAAUGUUCGCAGCCCAGGCAGCCUCGGGUAAAGUAAAGAGACGCACAGAGAAAGAAGUCAGUGUAGCAGAGGAUGAUCUCCUUGGUGACAUUAUGUCAGAACUUCAUGGUGAUUCGUCAGAUACAAUCAAACCAGCACCAAUCAAAAUGGCAACAAAUGUCAAGGCAGCAACUUUUUCAAAGCCUAGAGCCCAACAAAAUCCAUUCGCAAGCUCGAGUACCCAGAAUUCUCGGAGCAGCGUCAUCAAUAAACCAAGUACGCUAUCGGUGAAGCCUAGUGCCAAAAGAGCACCUGUUGCGACUGCCCAAUCUGCCCCAAAACGUAGACACGUAGAAGAAGUGACUGAGGUCGAUGAAUCGCCAGAUAUUGAGGAAUUUGAGUCCCAAGUAGAACCAACCAUCCAGCCGAAAUCUCCUGAAGCCCAAGAUACAAAUUCUAUGGAGAUGGGUGAUAUCGACUUUGAUGAUGAUAUGGAAGUACCAGAAGUCCAGGAAAAAGUCACACCAAAGCAAGCCCCAAAACCGCCUCCAAAACCAGCUCCUGUAAUCCAGAAGGAAACUGAGGAGACAGCAUUUGUGAGUGGCUGGGAGGGUGCAAAUGUUGGUCAGACCACUGAGAUUGAUGUCCAGGUUGACUCAAGUAAACUGCCUCUUGUCACCAAUGAAGCUGGGGAACAGGUUUUGAGAAUGUACUGGUUGGACGCUUACGAAGACCCCUUCAAACAACCAGGAGUGGUUUAUCUCUUUGGAAAAGUCUACAUAGAAAAUGCAAAUACUCACGUCAGUUGUUGCGUUACUGUGAAAAACAUCGAGCGAAGAGUGUAUCUGUUGCCCAGAGAGACACGCGUAAGCAGAAAAGAUGGCGAAGAUAUGGGGACUCCUAUUAAGAUGAUGGAUGUUUAUAAUGAGUUCAACGAAAAUGUAACUGAGAAGUAUAAAAUCACCAAGUUUAAAUCAAUGAAAGUGACGAGGCAAUACGCAUUUGAGAAGGCUGGUGUUCCAGUAGAGUCAGACUAUCUAGAAGUCCGAUAUGCUGCAGACCUCGGGAAACUUCCAGCAGAUUUGUCAGGCGAGACGUUCUCCUGCGUAUUUGGUACAAACACAUCUAGUCUUGAACUCCUGCUUCUCGAUCGUAAAAUGAAAGGUCCCGGCUGGAUUGACGUCAAACUUCCGCAACUUUCAUCGCCCUCUAUAAGCUGGUCAAAGGUUGAGGCGACAAUUGCAAAACCAGUGUAUAUCAGUGUUACACCCAAUCCUCCCGCUAUACCGCCAUUGGUCGUUAUGACGUUGAAUCUCCGAACUAUGACCAAUAAAAAGACACAUCAAAAUGAGAUUAUUGCAGCUACAGGGCUUAUUCAGCCAAAUUUCCAGAUAGAUAAACCGGCUCCAAAGCCAGCCUUCACACAACACUUCUCGGCCAUGACUAGACCAUCUGAUGGAAUUUUCCCCUUUGAUUUGAAAGAUCGUUUGAAAGCCCAGAAAGGGCGUCUGACAACAGAACUUUGUCAAAACGAGAGGAUGUUACUCGCUUUCUUAUUGGCUAAGAUUCAUAAGAUCGACCCUGAUGUCAUAGUGGGUCAUGAUAUAUUUGGAUUUGAGCUGGAAGUUCUGCUACAGAGGAUAAGUGCAAAUAAAAUACCAAACUGGUCAAAACUCGGCAGAUUGAAAAGACAAAUCAUGCCAAAAAUUGGUGGACCUGGAGGAAAAGGAGGUGGCGGAACCAAGAAUGUUACAUGUGGGAGGCUAUUGUGUGACGUGAAAAUCUCAUCGAAGGAGCUGAUUCGCUGUCGCGCCUAUGAUCUAAAUGAGCUUGUCAGCCAUAUAUUGAAGUCUAAACGGGAAGAAAUUGAUAUGGAAGACAUUCCUUCCUUACUCAAUACCUCUGCUGGCGUGUUGCGGCUGCUUGAGUUGACCUUGGUGGAUUCAACGUACAUCUUGCGUAUUCUCUAUGAUCUUAUGGUCCUUCCUCUUGCCUUACAAAUCACCAACAUCUGUGGAAAUGUCAUGAGCCGAACCCUGUUAGGAGGCCGGUCAGAGAGGAAUGAAUUCUUGCUGCUUCAUGCUUUCUUUGAGAAAGGAUUUAUUGUUCCUGAUAAGACAUGGAGCAAGAAACCUGUACAGAAUGAACCCAAUGAGGACGGUGAAGAACAACAACCUGCAGCUGCCAAAGGACGUAAAAAACCUUCAUACUCCGGUGGUCUCGUACUUGAACCGAAGAAAGGUUUCUACGAUACGUUUAUCCUCUUACUUGACUUCAACUCCCUCUAUCCUUCAAUCAUACAGGAGUAUAACAUUUGCUUCACGACCAUCAAGAGUAGCGAUGAAAAAGGGGAGGAUGUUGAAUCAAUAGAACUGCCUGACCCAGAUUUAGAGCCAGGGAUUCUUCCAACUGAGAUUCGUAAACUGGUAGAGAGUAGAAGACAGGUGAAGGGUCUUAUGAAAACGCCCAAUAUUAGUCCAGAUCUGUAUGUCCAGUAUGACAUCAGGCAGAAAGCCCUCAAGUUGACUGCCAACAGUAUGUAUGGUUGUCUAGGAUUCUCAUUCUCAAGAUUCUAUGCAAAACCUUUGGCUGCUCUUGUAACAAGUCGUGGAAGAGAAAUCUUGCUUCAGACCAAAGACCUGGUAGAAAAGAUGGGACUAGAUGUCAUAUACGGAGACACAGAUUCCAUCAUGAUCAACACAAACUCUACUGAUAUUGAAAUGGUUUUCAAACUUGGUAACAAGGUAAAGAGCGAAGUAAAUAAAUUAUACAAACUGCUGGAGAUUGAUAUAGAUGGCGUCUUCAAAUCAAUGCUGCUUCUGAAAAAGAAAAAGUACGCUGCACUAUGCAUGACAAAAGUCGGGAACGAAUAUGUCACAAACCAGGAGUUGAAAGGUUUGGACAUUGUCCGUCGUGAUUGGUGCCAGCUCGCAAAGCAUGCUGGUAAUUAUGUUGUCAGUCAGAUUCUGUCUGGGGAAAACAAAGACAUCAUCUUGGAGAACAUCCAUGCAAAAUUGACGGAAGUUGGGGAACAAGUGGCAGAAGGGAAGAUUGACAUGGAAUUAUUUUACAUCACCAAGGCACUAACAAAAAAUCCUGAAGACUACCCAGAUAAGAAGAGUCUCCCUCAUGUUCAGGUUGCAAUGAGACUCAACUCAAAAGGCGGGAAAAAGUUACGUGGAGGUGACACCGUGUACUACGUCAUAUGUGAGGAUGGUAGCAACCAGGCUGCAACACAGAGGGCAUAUCACCCAGAUGAACUAGCCAAAUCUGAACAUUUGAAAAUAGACACAAAAUAUUACCUUGCCCAUCAAGUCCACCCUGUUGUUUCCCGAUUAUGUGACCCAAUAGAUGGCACUGACGCAGCCCGAAUUGCGGAAUGUCUCGGACUUGACGCGGCGGGUUAUCGUCAUGCCAUGAAUCAACAUAGCAACACUGAGGAAGAUGCGUUGCUAGGGGGAUGUGCCGAAAGUGAAGAGGAACGAUACAAAAAUUGUCAGCCAUUUUGUUUUAAUUGUACAGCAUGUUCGACUCCUAUUACCUUGGAAACGCCAAUAAAACAGGGUUCCACUGUGGAAUUGUCCUUAGAAAGAUGCAGCAAUAAGGAUUGUCCGUCACGCCCCAUCGACACAAUCAAACCAAUCAUCAACAAGCUUACAAGGGAAAUACGAGCCUGCAUGAAGAAAUACUAUGAGGGUUGGUUGCUAUGUGAAGAUACAGCGUGUGGUGCAAGGACCAGGCGUGUUUCACUACAAUUCCACAGAGGUCACCCUGUGUGCACAUCAUGUAACAGGGCAACCAUGCACCCAGAGUACACAGACUUCCAUCUAUACAUCCAACUGAGCUACUACCAGUUUCUCUUUGACUUGGAGAAGGCCCGUAACUACAACAAAGACAAAAAUGUUCCAAGUAAAGUUCUCUCAGACUGCAGCGAGCCUUAUAGACAAUUAAAACAGCAUGUGGACAGAAAGCUCAGAGAGAGUGCCUACUCCCAAGUCAACCUGAAUAAACUGUUUUUUGGACUGGGAGUCGUGUAAAUCAGGGACCUGUCAAUUUGAAAUGUUUUGACGCAUCAAUUUGUAUAGAUGAAGAACUGGUCAUCUCGACUGAAAAUGGGAUCAGUCAAUUAUUCAAGGAUUUGGACACUUGUAGAUGAUAUUAAUGAGAUCAGAUGGUGAUUGAUCAAUGGGGAUAUGUCAAUUUAUGCUGAAUGGGGACCUGUCAAUAUGUACUAAAUUGUAACCUGUCAUUAUUAUGCAUUAAGUGGAGACCUGUCAAUCUAUGCUGAACAGGGAUCUGUCAAUAUGUACUGAAUUGGGACCUGUCAAUAUGGGCUGGAUGUGGACUUCUCAAUAUUUGCUAAAUAGAAACCUGUAAAUUACUAAAUGUGUACUGAAAUGGGACCUGUCAAUAUG